AUGUUUUUUCGGCUUAUUAGUAGUGGGUUGUUGUUGCGAGUAUCGAACGUUGGGAGUACCAAUAUGGCAGCAGGAUCGAGAAAGUGUAGCACAACGCGGCUGCGAUACUUAACGCAGAAGGAAGCUAUUGCUCUAGAUGAGGAGUUAUUCAAUGAAUACAAGUUCAGUGUUGAUCAGCUGAUGGAACUGGCUGGGCUCAGUGUUGCUACGGCUGUAUCACGUACUUUUCCAGUGUCUACGCACCCAUCAGCUCUAAUAAUUUGUGGACCUGGUAACAAUGGAGGUGAUGGACUAGUGGCUGCCCGCCACAUGUCUCUGUUUGGUUACAAUGUUUCAAUUCACUAUCCCAAGCGCACCCCAAAGCCCUUGUAUGAAAACCUCUUGGCACAAUGUGUAGCAUUUGGGGUAGAUAUAGUGGAAAAUCUUCCACCACCAAACCAGCUGUGUGACCACUACCAAGUACUAGUUGAUGCACUCUUUGGAUUCAGCUUCAAACCCCCUGUGAGGGAAGAAUUGAAACCAGCCAUGACUGCUAUGAUUGAGGCUACUAUACCAGUCUGCAGUGUGGAUAUUCCUAGUGGAUGGCAUGUAGAAAAGGGUCCAGGUAUUGCUAAAGCACUAAGACCUGCCCUUUUGAUAUCCCUCUCAGCACCAAAAAUGUGUGCACAAAGUGAAUUCAUUUUGGAUGCCAAACAUUACCUAGGAGGAAGAUUCUUGCCACCUGGUAUUUUACACAAAUAUUUCUUGAGACUGCCACCCUACCCCUGUGAAGAUCAAGUUGUGCUGCUAUCUUGUUAA